CCCACUUUCCCUCAGAAGCCCCUCCCCCUCCUGCCCCUCCCUCCUCCUUUCUCUCUCUCUCUCUCUCUCUCAGUCUGUUGGCGGUCCUCCUCCACUUCGGCUGCUGCUGCUGCUGCUGCUUCUGCAGGAAACAGGCGAUGUCCCUCCCGCUGACAGACUGGCUGUGGCGGCACGAGUUCUGGCUCCCACCGGGCAUCACCUGGGAGGACAUGCGGGAGACGGAGGAAGUGCGCUACCCACAGCCCCGGCACCUACUGCUCAGCCUCCCGCUGGCCCUCCUCCUCGUCGGCCUCCGCUUUCUCUUCGAAAGGAAUGUGGCGUUGCCCUUGAGCCGGCGGAUGGGGCUUCGAGAAAAGGUCCGGAGGAAAGUGGCCCCAAACCCGGUCCUGGAGGCCUUUUACGCCACGCGCCGGAGGAGCCCUCAAGGGGCGGAGUUGGAAGGGCUGGCCAAGCAGUGUGACCUGCAGCCGCGGCAAGUGGAGCGCUGGUUCCGCUCCCGCCAUAAAUGGGACCGGCCCAGCCUGACCAAGAAGUUCUGUGAGGCCAGCUGGCGCUUCACCUACUACGUCACCGCCUUCUGCACAGGAGUGGCCAUCCUCUACAAUAAACCCUGGUUCUGGGACCACCGCGAGUGCUGGGUUGGGUAUCCCCAACAGCCACUCCUGCCCUCCAUCUUUGGCUACUACGUGCUCCAGCUCUCCUUCUACUGCUCCUUGGUGGCCACCCUGCCCUUUGACGUCAAGCGGAAGGACUUCCAUGAGCAGAUUGUGCACCAUGCCGCCACCAUCUUCCUCAUCAGCUUCUCCUACUGUGCCAACUACAUCCGCAUCGGCACCUUGGUCAUGAUCAUCCAUGAUGCACCCGACUGUCUCUUGGAGCCCACCAAAAUCUUCAAUUACUUGAAAUGGCGGCGGAUCUGUGACGCUCUCUUCCUGACCUUCUCGGCCGUCUUCCUCUUUACCCGCCUGGUCAUCUUCCCCUACAAGGUGCUCUACAACACAUACUACUACUCCAUGGAGAUCUUCCAGCCCUUCUUCGGCUACUACUUCAUGAACGGGCUCCUGAUGACGCUCCAGCUUCUCCACCUCUUCUGGUCCUGCCUGAUUGUCCACAUGGUCUACAAGUUCCUCAAGUGUGGCACGAUGGAGAAGGACCUGCGGAGCGACACGGAGGACAGCGAAAAGGCCGAGGACGAGGCAGAGAAGGAGCUGCGGCAGAACGGGAGCGUCAGCAACGGGAGCUGCGGUGAUGGUGAUGGUGUUCUCCUGGGCAAAGAGCGGCCCUUGGAGCUGAACAGCAGGGCCCUCCCGGCCAACGGCCACCACCUGAAGGCCAGAUAGCCCUUCGCUUUGCUCACUUCCUCUCCUCCUUCCUUCUUUCCUUCCUCCCAUCCAUCCAUCCAUCCAUUUUUCCCCAAAUGGUUUCCGGUAGACUGUAGCCUCCUAGCCGAACCUCUGCCGCCUGCAGGAAUAACCAGAAUAACAAGAAGAAUAACUAUUAACAAUAAGUGUACUACUGCUACUACUACAAGAUAAACCUUCUCAUCAGCGCCGUGCUUUGAGUCUCGGGAGGAAAAGGGUCACAAUGGGUCAAACCUGUCGGACGAGGAUUGUUUCGGGAUCGCUUUUGGAAUGGAAAUACGGAUGGACUGAGGAUGCAGGGAAGGACCAGUGCUGGGCCCGGAGGCGGUGAUGCCUUCCCUCCCUCCCUCGGCCGCAGCGGAGUCUCCUCCCUCCACGUUGAGCGUGGACAGGACUCCAGUUGUUCCUUGGGGGUCUUGGGAUCCAAGGGUGGGACCAGAAUGCCGUGGGAAGGUCUGCGCGGGGCGUCGGCGGGUGGGAGAAGGACGCUUGCAUCCCGGAUGGAGAAGGGCGGAGUGUGGCUUCUCCGUAUCUCGAGUUUGGGGCACCGUUCAGUGGACCGUGGCCAAGCAAAGGGGGGAAUGACGGAUGAUGGCCCUGCCUCCACAAUGGGAUGCCUGCACUCCCGCCCUGGCUGCACUUUGGGGUUUCUUUCCUUGAGCCGCCCGGAUGCUGGAAGCGAUAAUAAAACUAAUUCCAGGAAA